AUGUCACAGGAUAAAAUUUUAGAAGGGUCUUUUUCAUAUAAUAUAUACAAAGAAUUAGAUAAUGAUGUUGAAGAAAAUAAUUAUGAUGUUUACUGUACUGCAUUCAAUAAUGAUGAAGAUAAUACUGAAAAAAAGCAUUACAAUCUUUGUAAAAAAAUAUUAAGAAAUACACAUAUUUUAUCUAGAUAUGUUAAUACAAAUAAUUUUACAACUCUCUGUUCACAUUAUAGAUAUUGGACAUAUUAUAAUAUAAAGAAAAUUUUAGGAGAUGAUACAAAUAAUGAUAAGGCCAAACCAAUAAUUAAUAAAUUUAAACAGGUUCGAGAUAAUAUUAGAAAAAUUUCUAAUGCGUUAUAUUGCCAAUAUGAGUUUAAUGAUGAUAUUAUAAAAAAACUAAACGAUAUGAAAGAAGAAAAAUAUUUGUAUGAUUAUUUUCAAAAUUAUGACAGUAUUAAAACAUCUGACACAUGUAAAGUUGUUACACUUGAUAAAUAUGAAAAUUACCUUAAAUAUAUUAUUACAUUAUAUAAUGAGCGUAAAGGGGAGGAUGCAUGUUGCUAUGGUUCAUUCUUGAUAGACUGCGAAGACUAUUUUAAAUGCGAUGACGAAUUUGAUCCUAAUAUACUGUUUUCCCUAACAAAUAUUACAGGUUCAAUUUAUUAUUUCAAGUGUACUGAUUUUGACGAAGACAAAAUUUCAGAUAAAACAAAAGAAGGUGGAAAACUUAAUUGUCAUAUUUUUCUGACAUCUGAUAAAUCUCAUUUUAUGCCAUUAUCACCUUCUCUUCAAGCUCCUUCGACAUUUGGUCCUUUUACAACCUAUGGACAAAGAGGAACUUCUGUAUCUGCAGAAUUACAACGUAAUAACCUAGUAUCAAGUGGCAUUUCAGGACAUGAAGAUCAAUCAUCUUCUUCAGAGUCAUCAGAUGUGAACUAUAAGAGCUCCUGUAAAGAUGCUGCACGCAAAAAUCCACUAUUAGCAAGAGAUGCAUCAGAAAACUGCAGAGAGCCGGAUGUUCGCGCAACUGAAACUGUUGGAGUAAAAUUGAAUUUAUAUGCUCCCGGAAGAAGAAUUAGAAUUAAACUAAAUAGUGAUUCAAACACGUUCAAAAACAAUUUUUUUCGCGUGGGAAUCGCAUUUACUCUGAUAGCGGGAAUCAUUUCCACUAUUUUCCUUUAUUAUAAAUUUACUCCUUUUGGAAGAUGUUUUCACAAAAAAGUAUCAAGGAAAAAAAUAAUAGACGAUUAUUAUGAUGAUCCGUAUAUGCGGAAGUUUAUGAUCCGUGCUCCAAAAUCGGAUAAAAGAAGAACUGGUAAUACUGGAUUACAAUUUUCUUAUUAUUCUAGGUGA